ACCAGUCGUGUUCUUCAAAGAAAGCACGGAGGAAAGAAGGGCGAGGUUUCUUGGAGAGGAACGAUCGACGCGGCGCCGCCUCAUCGCGCUCUCAAAUGCCGCCAGCGCGCCGCCGGUGAUGGGAUUGCGGAGAAUGGCGGACAAGGUGAAUCCAGCGUCUUCCUCGGCCGCCGCCGCGGAGGCGAGCAGGGAUCGGCUGUGGUUCGCGAGCUGGAUGCGAUGGAUCCCGACCUCGCGCAGCGAUGUCAUCCAAUCAGAGCAGCGCCUCCUGACGCUCGUCAAGACGCCCUAUGUCCAAGAACAGGUGAAUAUCGGCUCGGGGCCGCCGGGAUCCAAGGUGCGCUGGUUUCGAUCCGCUAGCAACCAGCCGCGAUUCAUCAACACGGUCACGUUUGAGAACAAGAAUGCCGCGAGCGCGCCGACGCUGGUCAUGGUGCACGGCUAUGCCGCCUCGCAGGGUUUCUUCUUCCGGAAUUUCGAUGCUCUGGCGGCGCAUUUCAGGAUCAUAGCCAUGGAUCAGCUCGGGUGGGGAGCUUCCAGCCGGCCGGAUUUCACUUGCACCAGCACGGAAGAGACGGAGGCUUGGUUCAUCGAUUCCUUUGAGGAGUGGCGCAAGGCCAAGAACCUCGACAAAUUCAUUCUCUUAGGACACUCGUUUGGAGGCUAUGUUGCCGCUCGAUAUGCUCUCAAACAUCCAGAGCACGUCCAGCAUCUCAUUCUCGUUGGUCCAGCGGGGUUUUCCCCUGAGUCCGAUCGCUUCAUACAGUUCCGAUCAACGUGGAAAGGAGCUGUGGCAAACUUUUUCUGGGAUUCCAACUUGACUCCUCAAGCAAUAAUACGGAGUCUUGGCCCAUGGGGUCCCAAUUUGGUCCGCAGAUACACCGGUGCGCGUUUUGGAACCUAUGCAUCCGGAAACAUUCUAAAUGAGCAAGAGUCGACACUACUUUCAGAUUACAUCUAUCACACACUGGCAGGGAGAGCAAGUGGCGAGCUGUGCUUGAAAUAUAUAUUCAAGUUUGGAGCGUUUGCAAGAUCCCCACUCCAAGAAAGUGCUCCCCAUUGGAAAGUUCCCACCUCGUUUAUCUAUGGCGUGGACGACUGGAUGGACUACAAAGGCGGGAUAGAAGCCAGCAAGCGAAUGAAAGUGCCAAGCGAAGUUAUCCGCGUGAGAAAGGGAGGACACUUUGUUUUCUUGGACAAUGCCGUCGCGUUCCAUGCGGCUGUGUUGUAUAGCUGCAGGAAGCAUCUUCCGGAGACCACGGAAAAGGAGGCCAAGGACGAUGGAGAUUUCUUUCCAGCGUUCUCGUCUUUCGACUAGAAAGUGAAAAAUGCGAAGCAUGUAAACUAUACAUAUCUAUACAAGAAAAACUCUCACAAAAGGAUAUAGUUUCGCUGUAAAGGAGAAAGAAAUCGAAUACCUUGUUUCUA